AUGAAUAAUUAAUUUGUUUAUGCCUUCCAAGAAAUCGUUAACACAUACGGGAUUCCAAAAUAUUAGGAAAUAAAUCCUGGACUAUACGCAAUAGUAAGUUUCCCUUUUCUCUUUGGAGUGAUGUUCGGGGAUAUUGGGCAUGGUAUGCUUUUAGCAAAUUUUGGAUUAUAUUUAAUUUACAAAACAAACAAAAAUAAUGAACGUGAAAUGCUUUACAGAUGUAGAUAUUUGGUUACUUUAAUGGGAUUUUUUGCAAUUUUUUGUGGAUUUAUAUACAAUGAUUUCAUGAGUUUACCUUUAAAUUUAUUAGGAUCAUGUUAUUAAAAUGAAGAAACAAAUUAAAGAGAAGACGAAAACUGUAUAUAUAAAUUUGGAUUAGACCCAGUAUGGUUAGUUUCGCAAAAUAAUUUGCAAUUUUACAAUUCAUUCAAAAUGAAACUUUCAAUUGUUUUGGGAGUUUCUUAAAUGAUUUUAGGUAUUUUCCUUAAAGGAAUUAAUAAUUGUUUAUCUUUUAACCUUAUUGACUUUUUCUUUGAAUUUUUACCUUAGCUAUUUUUUAUGCUUUCCACUUUCGGAUAUAUGGUACUUUUGAUAAUUCUUAAAUGGACAACCAAUUUUAAAGAAUAGAAUCCUCCUUCUUUGCUUAAUAUGAUGCUUAAUUUAGGUUUAAAAGGUGGAAAAAUAAGCGAAAAUGAAAAUCUUUUGAUUCAUUUUGGCAUAAAUAAAGAAGGGUAGGAAUAUUUUUAAGGUUUUUUAGUUUCUAUGGCUUUCCUAUGUGUUCCUUUGAUGCUUUUACCAAAGCCUUUUUUUGUUUAUCUGAAGAAUAAAAAAAGUGAGCAUGAAAAUCAUGAAUAUUAGCCUUUGAAAUAAAAUGAUGAGGAAAACUUAAUAUCUGAUGUAUAAGAGGAGCUUAAAAAAAAAGAAACAAACAACUAAGAAAUUCACAAUAGUAAUCAUGAUGACGAUUUCUAGGAAAUUCUUGUGCAUUAAGUCAUUGAAAGUAUUGAAUUUGUGCUCGGAAGUAUAUCACAUACAGCUUCUUAUUUGAGAUUAUGGGCUCUUUCGUUAGCACAUUCUUAAUUGGCGCAUGUUUUUUUCCAAAAAACACUUGAAGGAGCUAUUUAAAAUGCUAAUGCUGCAGGAAUUGUAGUUGGUUUUUUAGUAUUUUCGGGAGUUACAUUUGGGGUGUUAAUGUGUAUGGAUGUUAUGGAGUGCUUUUUGCAUACUUUGAGAUUACAUUGGGUGGAGUUUUAAAGUAAAUUUUACAAAGCUGAUGGAAUUUUAUUUAAGCCCUUUUCCUUUUUAUUUGAAUUGGAAUAGAUACAAGGCGUUUAGUAUGGUGAAUGAUUGAUUUUUUAUUUUUAAAAAAUAUCUAAUUAAAUUUAUUUGUAUUUUUUUUAUUAGACUUAUUUU